AUGGGCUGGGAAGCACCACCUCUCCACAUCCUUCUGUUCCCUCUCAUGUCCCCCGGCCACACACUUCCCAUGGUCGAUUUGGCCAAGCUCCUGGCCGCGCGUGGCGUCAGAACCACCAUACUCACUACCCCAGCCAAUGCGCCGUCCCUGGAAGCUGCCAUCGAACUGGCCCAACGCUCCUAUCAAUGCCCCAUUGAACUCCAUGUCAUCCCCUUCCCCUCGACCGCCGUCGGCCUACCCGAGGGUUGCGAGAACGCCUCCUCCGUCCCGUAUUACCAACAUCCCACCUUCAUGACCGGCGUCACCAUGCUCCAAGAACCCUUCCGCCGCGUCCUCACGGAACUUCUCCCUGACGCCGCCAUAACCGACUGGUUCCUCCCAUGGACUUUUAACAUCUCUGAGGAGCUCAACAUUCCACGCCUGGUCUUCCAUGGCAUCAGUUUCUUCGCCCUUUGCGCCCACGCAAGCCUACUCUUCGAGCAGCUGCCCACCGACGAAGAUACCAUCACCAUUCCCAACUUUCCUCGCCGUGUCGAGCUGCAACGGUCGCAGAUGCCUGACGAGACACAGAUGCAUCCCGUUUUCACGGAAAUUAUACAUCAGAUUGCAGAGUGGGAGCCGAAGAGCUACGGGGUGGUGGUGAACAGCUUCUACGAGCUGGAGGCGGAGUUUGCGGACCACUUGAGGAACGUGCUGGGGCAGAAGGCAUGGCACGUCGGCCCCGUGUCCCUGUGCAACGCGCGAGCGGAGCAGCAGUCGCGCAGAGGAAACAAACCCGCCAUCGACGGAGAGGAGUGCCUCAAAUGGCUGGGUGAGAAGGAGGCCGGAUCCGUGCUGUACGUAUGUUUCGGGAGCAUGGGCACGUUCACGGAGGCCCAGUUCCGCGAGCUAGCUUUGGGCCUCGAGGCCUCCGGCCGCCCGUUCAUUUGGGCGGUCAAGAAAUGCCGCGACGAAUGGUGGCCGGAGCGGUUCAUGGCGAGGAUGGAGGGAAGGUGCCUGAUCCUGAGAGGCUGGGCGCCGCAGAUCCUGAUACUGAACCACGCGGCCGUAGGCGGCUUCGUGACGCACUGCGGUUGGAACUCGAGCCUGGAGGCCGUCACCGCCGGCGUGCCCAUGGUCACCUGGCCGUUCUUCGCGGAGCAAUUUUUCAACGAGAAAUUGCUCGUUGAGGUGCUCAAGAUCGGGGUGGCCAUCGGAGCGAAGCAGCACACGGUGGUCCCAGAACAGAGACCCUUGAUCACAGCAGCAGAGAUAGAGAGGACGGUAAGGCGUCUGAUGGAUGACGGUGAGGAAGCAAACAUGAUGAGGUCGAGGGCGAGGGAGUUGUCGUUCAUGGCAAAGAGCGCCGUCGACGAGGGUGGCUCGUCUUACAUUGAUACGCAAAACUUGAUCCAAGAAUUAACCAACAGACGGACGAUGCCAAACUCGAAAUCCCAGUAG